AUGGAAAUUGGGCUUGGGGGUCUGGUUUUGAUAAGCCCGAAGGCAUGGACCGGCCCAACUGUCCCAAUGGAGGCUGGUUUGCCCAUCUGGCCAAACAGCCCAAAUAAUCCCCAGGAGGCCGGCUGGCCCAUUAAACUUGCUGGCCCAAUGGAGUCGGCCUGGCCUACCAGGCCCAGAACUCCCAUCCCCCCCAGCCUCCCCAACCCACUCCCCUUACUCCCUAGGGUAAUGGCGACUCAGCGUUUGAGCCCGAAGGCAAAGACCCGCUGCGCAUCAACGGCCACCGCCGCCGGGGCAAUCGAGUCGAUUUGUUUAUGCCCGAAGGCUGGUUCCGACGUCGCAGCAGAGGCCAUCGCCGGCGGGGCUAAACCCUCUCCCGCCACCGACAUUCGUCCCUCGGCGCUCCCCGGCGAUUGUAGUCCGCUUCCAAGCUCACUAGAGUCUCGCACCUCACCACAAGCAGAGGUCUCAGAGGUAAAGCAAGCCGAGUCAUGCUUACCUGAAUCAAUGUCGGGAGCCGCCUCCUGCUUUCUGCAAAAAAACGCCGGUUGA